GGUAACAUCACUCGGUCUCGGUGUUGGAUCUAGAAACGCUGUUUUAUGUGUGUGUCGCGCUGGAUUUUAACUGUCAUCAGUGUAUAAGCGAUGGCAACAUCUCAACUCCUGGACGAACAAGAUGACCGAGACAACGGCGACUUCCAUUUGAUGGUGAUGGUGGAAGAUAGGACACGCCCCCAAACCGGACAGACACGCCCCUCUCCGGACACGCCCACUAGCAAUCAGGUUGCCGACAGGAAAAACGACAGCAAGCCGACACGUUUGGCGCGGGGUUUCCGGAAAGCCUUGCGGAAAAACCAGGAUUACAUCCGCAUCACCAUCCCGAAGUCUGGCGUCUCUCGGCUGCCGUCGGAAUGGUGGAAGACGGGAAUCGCGUUCAUCUGGGCUGGUUUUAACCUCAUCCUUACGACCGUCCUGAUCACCGUCAUCCACGAGAGAGUCCCGGAUAAGUCCGUCAGCCCGCCGUUACCGGACAAGUUCUUUGAUUACGUGCCGCGUGCGGAGUGGGCGUUUUCCGUCACAGAGGUGAACGGAAUGAUCCUGGUGGCUCUGUGGUUCAUCCAAUGGCUCUUCCUCAAGCACAGAGCCAUUGUGGGCCGAAGAUUUUUCUUCCUGCAGGGAAUGUUGUAUUUGUACCGUAUGGUGACCAUGUACAUCACAACUCUUCCAGUUCCCAGCAUGCACAUGGAGUGCGCCCCGAAGCUCCAUGGUGAUUCUCACGGCAAAAUCAAGCGAGUUUUGCAGCUGGUGUCUGGAGGAGGUUUGUCCAUCACAGGCUCCCAUAUCAUGUGUGGAGACUUUCUGUACAGCGGCCACACGGUCAUGCUGACCCUCACCUUCCUCUUCGUCCAGGAAUACUCGCCCCGCACGCCGCUCUGGCGUUGCUAUCACGUGAUCUGCUGGUUGUUAAGUGCAGUGGGUGUGGUCUGUAUCCUGAUAGCGCACGAGCAUUACAGCGUGGAUGUAGUGGUGGCGUAUUUUAUCACCUCGCGCCUCUUCUACUGGUACCACACCAUGGCCAACAACCAGGCCUUGAAAGGGUCUCCUUGCAACUACCUGAACCGAACGUGGUGGAGCCUGCUGUUUAACUUCCUGGAGAAGAACGUUAGAACAACGGUUCCCUGCACGUUCUCAUGGCCCGUGUCGCUUCCACCCGCGUGCUUCAAGAACCCGUGCAAGAGCUACUCAAAAGUGCAGAGCACAAGAGAUGAAUGACAAGCUCAAGUGGCAGACUGUGCGUUUGUUGGGUAACAAACACUAUCUGUGUGAAUUUAGAUCCUGUUUACUUGAAGUGCAGCACCUCAGACCUGUCUGGGAGCUUUACAUGCUUUUGAUGAAAGAAAGUGUGUGGUUCCUGGUGAAGUAUAUAUAUCUG